AUGACGAAAGACGCCGACGAACUAACAUCAGUUCGUCUGGAGAUUCUCAAUCGAUUAAAACAGAAGGAAUGCCAACAGAAGAAUUUGAAAACUAUGCUAAGUCAUUAUUGCAUGUUAGAUCAACAGCUACAGCAAGCCCAAAGAUCCCGAUCAGUAUCUGUUAACCAAGAAGUACAAAAUGGAACUGUAGAUGAGAGAUUGGCAGUUAUGAAAGAGGAAAUGGCGAAUGUGUACAGAAUGAAAAGCAAGAAUGAUCAGGAUCUGAUUGAUGCAAAUCGAAAACUAGCUGAUAGUGAAGCACGACAUUCUUUGGUGGCAUCUCAGAGGGAUAAGCUAAGGAAAGAAGUGGGUGUGAUGUUGGAUAAAAUGAAAACUCUUGAGGAAGAACUAGCAGAUCUAAGAGAAAAGAAUACAGCAAUCAACACAGAAAGAGUGGCUUUAGUUGCAACUUGCAAUUUUUUGACUGAAAAGAAAACACAGUUGGACACCGAACGCUUCCAGUUGUUGAACAAAAUCCGGGAGCUACAAGAAAAAUCAGCAGAAUAUAUGAAUGCUGAAAUAGCACUUCAAGAAGAACGAGCUCAAUUACGGAUACGAGAACAAAUUGCAAGAGCCACAGCUGAUUUGAAUUUGAAUGAUGAUCGAGUUUUGGCCAGUUUCGAGACUCCAGAAGCCGAUGAGUUCAUGAUGACGGAUGUUUUGCCUUCAGAAGUGAAGUUUAGAAUGACAGCUCAUGAAGGAGAAGUGCAUGACGUGGAAUGGAUGUCAGAUGACAUGUUUGCAACCGCUGGAAGUGAUUCAAAAGUUCGAAUUUGGAGAGUGUCUCCCAACAAAACGGAUGCAACAAAAGUGUCUACGUUGACUGGAUGUGUCGGACCGAUUAAUCGAUUGGAUUAUGACGCUCAAAGACAUGUGAUUCUCGCAUCUAGCAAUGAUAAAACAUGCAGAUUAUGGAAUGUAGACUCGCAAAGACUUCUCAGCACAUUUUCAGGACAUUCUGAUAAAGUUUCAGCAGCAAGGCAAAUUAAUUUCAAUUUUACAUAUGCCAUAAUUCAUAAUUUUAUUUUCAGAUUAUUCCAAUCACACAAUGUAAUUUCUGGAUCAGCAGAUCGGACAAUCAGGCAAUGGGAUAUUAGCAGCAUUCGGUGUCUUCGAUCUUAUCUAGUUGGGUCAACCAUUUUUGAUAUUGCUACAGGAUGUGGAACUUCUCAAGCCAAUUUUAUUUCUUCUCAUUUCGACAAAAAAGUUCGUUUCUGGGAUGCUCGAUCUUCUGAACCAACUCAUGCAGUUGAACUGGGCCAGAAAGUCAGUUCACUAGAUGUAUCUCUAGAUGGACUUCAAGUUCUUGCUUCCUGUAGAGAUGACACGUUGUCUCUAAUUGAUACUCGAAACUAUGGAAUCAUCCAUUUGUACUCUGCUGAGCAAUACAAGACCAGUUGCGACAGUACUCGAGCAAUCUUCUCAUCUACUGGGGAGUUCGUUCUGGCUGGAUCAUCCAGUUCUUCCGUUUACAUCUGGAACACAAAGAGUACCAAGCUUGAAAAAGUUGUGAGAACUGCGCGUGAUGACUCUAACCAAAUCAUGUCAUUAUCAUGGAACCCUUCUGGAAGAGGACUUCUUGCUUGUGAUCGUCAGAAGAUGUGCACUCUUUGGAGAUAA